AAUUCAUACGAGACAUCGUUGAGGGCCUUAUUGCUAAGUAUAUCCUUUUGGGGUCGCCCUUGUGUUCAGUGUCUGGAGGUUUGGUCGUUAACGACACAAUGGGAGCAGAUAUUGAAUCACAGGCAAAGAACGCAGAAGAGAGGCCAAAGCCUACCCUCACACAACACCAAUUCCUCUCUUGGAAGCGCCAGAAGGAUGCUGCUGCAUCAGCCAGAAAAGCUGAAGUAUCCAGGAAACGUGCGGAAGAUAUUGCUGCUGGAACAGUUCAAAUGAAUGGCCGUGAGCUGUUUUUGCAUGAGCCAUGGGUGUUUGAUAACUCUCGCUAUUGAGGUUUAUUUGCAUUGGUGCAAAAAGCUCUUUAUGGUACUUUGAAGAGAAAUAUUGUAAACUAAAUAUUUUCAUUCAUGCUUCUCGAGAGAGUUUCAUCUGUUAAAAUUUUUUAUGUUAGUGAUAUAAGAAAUUUUCAUUUUGUUGGGAUCAAAAUCUUUUUCUGGAGCAAUAUAUUUUGGAAUAUUAAGUUUGUGCCUUUUGCAAAGGAAGAUUGAAAAGAUUGUUGCCAGGGUGGCUCAAUUCACCUUAAAAACUUUGUGAAUCAUGAGCAGCUGGAACAUUACAAUUCAUUGUCUUUCUAAUGAUGAGAGUCUUCUCCGAUUUUAGCAUUUCCGUAUAGUUGGGCAAUAUAGUUAUCUUCUCUGAUUUUAUAACAUUGCUAUUUUUCAAUUGCCACAGCUCUUUAACUACGCUUGAGAAAGUUUCAGCUGCGUUCAUUAGCAUAGGGGCACCCAAGUUCCUUCUAUUUACCUACCUAUGAAAAUUUUCCAUUUCAUCAUUACUGAUUGACUUUGCAAGUAGAAACUGUUUGAGAUAUCAUAGACAUUCUUGAGCUCUACCUGGAGAGUUUAGGAGAAUCUGUCUCUGGCAUGGUAUUAGAGUUUUUAUUACCAAAUAAACAAUACUUCAAGAGAGUCAAUGUGUGCAUGUCUGUGCAUCAAGGACUAUUGUGUGAGGUGAUAUUGUUGGUUGAAUUAUCAUAGUUGUGCAACCAAGAUUCCUUACGCUUUUUAUGUAACUCACAAUUUCACUACUUCUUUACAGAAAGUGUGAAUAUUAUUUACAAAUCUUACAAAUG